AUGCUUAGAUUAGGGUUGACCCGCUCAUUUAGAGCAACUUCAGCAUCUUUGAAAACCGUUAGGGUUGGAAUUCCCUCUAACAUAGCCACCCGGUCACCUUUAAUAUACUCAUCAAUCAGAUUCAAUUCAUCGACAACAACUAGUGGGACUGAAAUCCAAGAUAAAUUGACUUCAUUUGAUGAUACCACCACUUCUGCUAUACUUGAAAAUGUUACAAAUUUACAUUCUGAUCAAUUGGGAUAUUUGCAAUCCAUCGGUCUAGCUCAAGGUUGGGGACCAACAAGUUUGAUUGAAAGAUUAUUAGAAGUUACUCAUGUUUAUACUGGGUUACCAUGGUGGGGUACUAUUGUUGUUGCUACCAUUGCUGUUAGACUUGUUUUGUUUCCAUUAUAUGUCAGAGCAUCAUCUAAUGCAACUAAGAUGUCUAAAAUAAAACCACAAAUUGACGAAUUAUUACAACAAAUUAAGACUGGUGAUACAGUUGACCAAAUGAGAGCUAUGGAAAAAAGAAGACUUAUUAUGAAAGAAAAUGGUGUUUCCACAUUAGCCACUUUAUUUCCUGCCGUCCAAUUACCAUUGGCAUAUGGGUUUUUCCAAGCUUUGAGAAAAAUGGCUAAUCAUAAUGUUGAAGGGUUUUCUGAUCAAGGGUAUGCUUGGUUUCAAAAUUUGAUUGAAGUUGAUCCAUAUUUGGGAUUACAAGCUAUUUCUGCUGCUGCCAUCAUUGCUGUUGUUAGAGUGGGUGGUGAAACUGGUCAACAUGCCAUGGCAGCAGGUAUGAAAAAAGUCAUGACUGUUGUUCCAAUUGCUUCUAUUUUCAUUACUAAAGGGUUUGCAUCUGCUAUUAUUUUGUAUUUUGCUGUUAACUCGAUAUUUUCCCUUAUCCAAAGUAGUUUGUUCAAAAGUAGUUGGUUUAGGAAAAUUGCUGGUAUGCCUCCUAAAUUGAGUCUUGCAGAAAUGCAAGCCAAUAAUCCUAAAGCAAACCAAUCUAUUAAAGAUAUGGUGAGCAAAUUUGUUGACGAUAGUAAAGAAAAAUCUAUUAAACAAGCUAGAGAAACUAAUAAAAAAUUGGAAGCUACUCAAAGAAGAAAAGAUAGCGUGAAUCAAGGGUUCAUCAAAAGACAUUAA